AAACAGGCCCCCCAAGGCGUUCUCUUUAAUCUUCUCCUGCCACGUCAGCAUUUCUUGUCGCUGAUUUCCUUUCCUUCCUUUUCUUUCCGUUCAGUUAUUGUAAUUUUUGUUUGUUACGGGAGGAAAAAAAAAGAAGUUAUAUGGAGUAUAUAUUUAUAGAGUUUUAUUAUUUAUGCAAGUAUAAAAGUAUAAUUUUGGAAUACUAGUAUGAUAUAUGCUAAAUGCAUCCAUUUUGCUGUGUUAACAACAACAAUCGCGAAUCCUCACCGUUACCAAUGCCUCCGCCUCCGCCGCCGGUGGCGGAAUCUACUAGUAGAUCGGCUGACUUACUGAACCGCUCCUCUAGCGGGAAUAAUUACAAUUACAAUCAUAAUAAUAAUUGGAGCGCGAAUAACUCGAAUCAUCAUCUUCGUCAUCGGAGUUUGACAGAGUCAUCAUCGUCGUCAACGGCGGCGAUUUUCACAUCUCUAUCACGGCCGCCGUCGAUGAGGGAGGCGAUUCAGUUGACGUGCGUUGCCACUUCCGCCGGCGAUCAAGUGAAGAUCAACGACAUCGUCGGGAACGGUAUAUCGGGAAUUUUAUACAAGUGGGUGAACUACGGCAAAGGAUGGAGGCCUCGUUGGUUCGUGUUGCAGGAUGGAGUUUUAUCUUAUUACAAGAUCCAUGGACCGGAUAGGAUCGUUGUGAACUCGGAAACUGAGAAAGGAUCCAAAGUUAUUGGCGAAGAAUCGCUUCGGAGAAUCUCGAGGACGCGGCCAAAUAAGAUUACUAAUGUUUCUACUUCUCAGGCUCGCCGCAAGCCCGUUGGUGAAGUUCAUCUCAAGGUCUCGUCCAUCCGCGAGAGUAGAUCAGAUGACAGGAGGUUUUCGAUUUUCACUGGAACAAAGAGGCUGCACCUGAGGGCUGAGACUAGAGAGGACAGAAUAGCAUGGGUGGAAGCAUUGCAAGCUGUGAAGGACAUGUUUCCCAGAUUGUCCAACAGUGAGUUAAUGGCUCCAGUGGACAAUGUAGCUGUCUCAACAGAUAAGUUGAGGCAACGGUUGUUGAAGGAGGGUGUGAGUGAGGCUACUAUUCAGGACAGCGAGCAGAUUAUGAGGAAUGAGUUUGCAUCUUUGCAGAAUCAACUGAUGGUACUUAAGCAGAAGCAUUGGCUGCUGAUGGACACCUUGAGACAGUUAGAGACAGAAAAGGUCGAUUUAGAGAAUACCGUGGUUGAUGAGAGUCAAAGGCAGUGGAAAGAUGUUGGGCCAUCUACUAGAUUAAGGCAGGAUAAAUACAGUGAAGCAAGUGCAAGUGAAUCGGAGGAUGACAAUGAAAGAGUUGAUGCUGCUGAGGACGAUACUGAUGAUGAAGAGAAUGCUUUUUUUGACACUAGGGAUUUUCUUUCAUCAAGUUCUUUUAAAAGCAGUGGUUCUGAUUUUCGAACAUCAUCUUUCUCUUCAGACGAGGAUGAUCUGUAUGCAUAUGCAUCUGAUGAAAGUGUUGACCCUGUUAUUAGAUCUGCUGGAACCAAGUUUCCUCAUGUCAAGCGUCGCAAGAAAUUGCCUAAUCCCAUUGAGAAAGAGAAAGGAGUCAGUCUGUGGUCGAUGAUUAAAGACAAUAUCGGGAAGGAUCUCACAAAAGUCUGCCUCCCUGUGUACUUCAAUGAACCUCUUUCUUCCUUGCAAAAAUCGUUUGAAGACUUGGAGUACUCAUACCUUCUUGAUCGGGCUUCAGAAUGGGGAAGAAGGGGUGACAGCCUGAUGAGGAUUCUCAACGUAGCAGCAUUUGCCGUAUCUGCAUAUGCCUCUACUGAAGGACGGAUUUGCAAACCAUUCAAUCCGUUGUUAGGGGAGACUUAUGAGGCUGACUAUCCAGAUAAAGGCCUCCGGUUUUUCUCAGAGAAGGUAAGUCAUCAUCCCAUGAUAAUAGCAUGCCAUUGUGAGGGUACAGGAUGGAAAUUUUGGGGAGAUAGUAAUUUAAAAAGCAAAUUUUGGGGUCGCUCAAUUCAGCUGGAUCCUGUUGGUAUAUUGACACUUGAAUUUGAUGAUGGAGAAAUCUUCCAAUGGAGCAAGGUAACUACAUCGAUAUACAAUCUGAUUUUGGGAAAACUGUAUUGUGAUCACUAUGGAACAAUGCGCAUACAAGGAAGUCAUAAUUACUCUUGUAAGCUGAAAUUCAAGGAGCAGUCAAUUAUAGACCGGAAUCCCCAUCAGGUACAGGGGAUAGUCCAAGACAGGAGUGGGAAGACAGUAGCUACACUAUUCGGGAAGUGGGAUGAGAGUAUGCACUAUGUGAAUGGAGAUUGCUCCAUAGGAAAAGGAUUUGAUUCUGUCUCUGAGGCUCAUUUGCUGUGGAAGCGGAGCAAACCUCCCAAAAAUCCUACUAGAUAUAACCUGACACGCUUUGCGAUUACAAUGAAUGAGCUCAUCCCUGGAUUGAAGGACCAGCUGCCACCAACAGAUUCUAGACUUAGACCUGAUCAAAGGUGCUUGGAGAACGGCGAGUAUGACAGUGCUAAUUCAGAAAAGUUGCGACUUGAAGAACGGCAGCGACAGGCUCGGAAAAUGCAAGAGAGGGGUUGGAAGCCGCGGUGGUUUGCAAAAGACAAAGGGGGUGAUACUUACCACUACAUUGGUGGUUAUUGGGAAGCAAGGGAAAAGGGCAAGUGGGAGGCAUGUCCUGAUAUUUUUGGCCAUAUCCCUUCUGAUCAGAUGUAAAGAAUGAGUGAGCUCUAGCCAUUUCCGGCUUAUUAUUUCAUUUCUUGCAAAUAUUUUACAUCUCAUUAUACAGUAGUGGAAAAGUUUAAAUGAGCUGCAAAUUGUCCAUGACAUACUUGUAAAGUACUUUGAAUGCCUUGACGUAAUAAAGGUUUUAUUCUUUUUCCUCUUCCA